GGACACCCUGCUUGAGACGGACCUUUACUUCCCGUCGCCCUCGGGCCGGACCUUCCUGCGCCUUCCUCCGGGCUUCGAGGCGCUGCUGCCCGAGCGCGAGACGCAGGCGAGGCUCGUCGGGUUCCUGGUGCACUUCGAGGCGGCUGCGAGGGCGCUCCGGGGGUCCUGAGCAGGAACUUGACUGACCCCAGUUACAAAAAGGUCAACAGUCACGUGGUGAGCAUGAGCUUGGGAAACGCAACUCACAGUGUGAAUUUUACGAGUCUGGGAGAAGGCGUCUUGCUCCGCCUGGAACAUGCUGCCGGAGAGAGUGGACCGGGCUUCAGAAACCUGUACCGCGACCAGCGACCUGGAGAGAUACCGACCCCCGUUCCUGGUACAGCGAAGUGCGUGUACUGGGAUCAUGAUAACAGCGUGUGGUUACCGGACGGCUGCAAAUUGGUCAACACUACACAUGACGUCACCUUCUGCCAUUGCAAUCAUCUUACUAUGAUCUCCAUUAUCACCGAUAUCCAUGGCUAUGUGGGGCGCGAUCCUGUGCUUGACGUCAUGGGCACAGUGUUGACCUCGGCGUCGUGUAUAUCGCUCCUUCUGGCUUUCUGUAUUUUCCAGUUUUGCAAGAACAUUGCCAGCACGCGGGUCUCCAUCAAUAAGCAGUUGUGCGUUUCUCUGGGGAUCUCGCACUGCCUUCUGCUCUUCCUUCUUGACAGAGAUUUUCUCAAGUUGUCGGAGACGGGCUGUUCCAUAUCGGCGAUGGCUCUUCACUACUGGGUGACGGCGAGCGUGUGCUGGAUGCUGGCCGAGGGCGGGCAUCUCUUCCAGAAGGUACAGCACGUCCUCUCCCCCACGCAUUACAUGCCGGCGUACUGGAUGAUUGGCUACGGCUUCCCAUUAAUAAUCGUGCUAAUCACUGUUUUGGUCGGUUACGCUAACGAGUCGUGGCUAGGUCAGAAGGCGUAUGCGCCGGAGGGGAGUGAAUUCUGCUGGCUCUCGACUGAUCAAGGAUACAUAUGGUCAUUCAUAGGCCCCCUCAUCAUUGUCAUUGUGAUCAAUACAAUCUGCUUGGUUCUUGCCCUUCGUUCAGCCGCCAUUCUGGAAGCCAACAAACAGAAAACUCUUCCCCAGCAGUUGAGAAUGUGGAUCAAAGGCUGCUUCUCCCUAAACUGCAUCCUGGGCACGACGUGGGUCUUCGGGCUCCUGUACCUCAACACAAGCCACUUCUUCGCCUACGUGUUCACCAUAUUCAACGGCUCGCAGGGUAUUAUGAUCCUUAUUCUGCACUGCCUGGUUAACGACACCGUGAGAGAGGCCCUUGUAAACACAUUCCCGGAUGCCGUUAAGAAUCUCCUUCAUCAGCACCCGAGGAACCGCCAGAGCGCCAUGUCGACCAGCAGAGCCCAGUCCCAUGGGCCUCGCCGUAGGGUAAGCGUCCCUUCGUCCAUACACCUACAGACGUCCUCCACCACUUCCUCGUCCCUUCCGUCUCCCACUCGCCGUCUGUCUGAGCCGAAUCUCAGUCAGCACAUCAG